CUCGGCGUAACCACCGACAAUUUCUAACAAUGGCCACGACAGGUGGCCUUCCCAAUCCCCCUCUCUCUCUCUCUCUCUUUCGCUCUCUAGUCUUCCCUAUCUGAGUCUUCCCCGCGAUAACACAACACCACCAUCAUCGAGAGGGGCCCCGAGGAAAGGGACCGAGAGCCACAACGAGAGAGAGAGAGACCUGUUUAAGCAAAUCGAUGAUGCUCAAUGGCUUCUGGCUUACCCCCGAACAUGAUGAAGGGGCAGUAGUCGCUCAUGCCUGCGCGCCAAUCCUCUUCUAACAGUGUUGAGUGUCGGGUGCUUGUUGAAACGAAAGAAAGAUCUGCUUGUGAAACCAGAAGGACUUUGACGGCGUGGUCGGAAUAGGCUUGGCUUUGCAUCGGUGAAUGACGCGAAGAAGACCGGUCAACUGCUCUGAGUUUUCCGCCUCUGACGUUCCCCCUCUAGAAAUACUCGCGAGGAAAAACGGACGUGAGGGAGAAGAAGAAGAGGAAUCAGAGAGCGCGCAUAUAUUAUGGCAUGGAUAUGGAGUGAGUGAAGGACUCGUUGGUAGUUGGAGGAUAGGGGGGGGGGAUUCUUACCACACUUGGCCUGGCCAAAGGAGGGGGAAAAGGCAACAGGACACUCAGGAUUGUGAACUCAACGAGGGCGCCCUCGGUCGGAACGUUGGUAUACAUGUUGUGCGAGUGAGGGACAGAGCGAGUGCGUGCGUGUCUGCGUGUGUGCGUGGCUGACUCCUCGAGUGUUGUUGGUCCGACGAAGCAACAACAUGAUAAAACCAAUGUGUAAGCCGACGUGGUUUUCAAUCGCUACCAGUCGACCAACGGAGCAACACACGAAUCGCCGUCCUUAGUACCCGGGACUCUUCUUCCAGCAACAAGAGGCAAGCAACAAGCCUCUUGGAUCAAGAAAGUCUUUGUGAAAUUAUCUCAAGUUCAGCCAGGGCAACAACAACUGGGUGUGCUUAUUCAUAAACCAGAGCGAACGUCGUCAUCUUGGGCCCCAUCACAAUCGUCCAUUGAAAAAGUGAGUCCCCCGUCCCCCUCGAUCCGAGCCUUGCUUUUGCAUCCUCAAAUCACCACUACUACUGGCCUGUGUGUGUGUGUCACUUAAAUAUCCGGACUUUGUUCACACACUCCUCUCCUCUCCUUCGAUGUGAAUGAAAACUGAGUGUUGUAACGACCAGAUCCAUUCCUCUAAACCAUUCCAUGGAAACCUCUCGCCACUGUUAAGUAUACAAUUCCCAUUGCUACUGCUACCACCAAACUCCAUUAAGUUUUUCUUGGCUGUUGAUGACUUGGUUUCACAAAGCCACAUUAAGAUCGAAAGACCAGAUCUGUCUGGCUUCUCGGGCCUUAAUCGCCACCACCACCAUCAUCAUCAUCAUCACCCUCCGAGUGGCUUCCCCCUCCCAGAACACCUCGUACCUCCUCCGGCAGCCCACAUUCUAGCCGCUCAUUUCAACCGAUAUGGGUUCCUUCCUUCCGUGGCCGCAGCCGCCCAUUCACCUUUGCUGUUGCCUGAGCCGCCCGUGGCGCACCGAAAUUCCUCCUCGCUCACCCCGCCACCGGAUGACCAUCACUCCAGCUCGAAAAAGGACAUCUUCCGCCCUUAUUGCUUGGAAGACCCGGUCCACAAGCAACUUGCUCAACCAUUGUACCCUUAUCCAUCGCCAUACCUUCAGUACCGUAACAUUGAGGACAUCAACACCGCUCAUGCCAUUCUCGAUCUCAGUCGACGAUCGGCCUCGCCCAAGCCCAUCAAAAUCAAGGAGGAACCUCAAACCUCGUCUGCUCAUGGCCUAGUCUCCCCGCCUUGCUCUAGUCACUCUCUGUCGAGCUCCACUCAAGAUGCCACGCCUCUGCUGUCGCCGGCCCUCUCUAGUUCAUCGACGACCACCUCGGCCACUAGUCCGGAGUCGAUAGGCUUCAAGGUGAAUGCGGGCAAAACCACCGCCUACACCUACGAGGCGUUCUUUGCCUCGGACGGUCGAUCCAAGAAGAAGCCACCGGUGGUGGACAGUCCCGCCGUGGUCCCCGAACCAUCCCAGAAGACCCGGUACACUUGUUCAGAGUGUGGGAAGAACUACGCCACCAGCUCGAAUCUCUCCCGUCACAAGCAAACCCAUCGGAGCUUGGAUUCAAACAACGCCAAGAAGUGCCCGGUGUGCGGUAAGAUGUACGUGUCCAUGCCCGCCCUCUCAAUGCACAUCCUCACCCACAACCUCAAUCACAAAUGCAAUGUGUGUGGCAAGGCUUUCUCGAGGCCGUGGCUGCUCCAAGGCCACAUGCGAUCCCACUCUGGAGAUAAACCUUACGGCUGUGCACACUGUGGCAAAUCCUUUGCUGAUCGGUCCAAUCUCAGGGCGCAUAUGCAGACCCACUCCGCUUUCAAGAACUUCAAGUGCAAGCGCUGCAACAAGUCAUUUGCCCUCAAGUCCUACCUGAACAAGCACUACGAGUCCGCUUGCUUCAAGGACCAGCCCAUUCCCACCAUUGACACGCCUCCAUGCACGCCCGCCCCGUCCGAGGCCUCGAGUGAGGGGGGAAGUCUGAGCGGGAGCUUGGUGUCCCCAGGAGCCUCGUCCUCGCAUUCCUAUCAAUCCGAUGGGAGUUCGCCGAACUCGUCGCCGAUCUCGUCUUCGUACUCGUCCCACUCUUCCCAUUUGUCAUCCAUCCUUUCGGCGCUGCCCUCUUCCAGCCACACCCACUCCACCUCCCAAGCCCCCCUCGUCAGAGUUUAGCUUUCUCCCAAGGAGCACCUCCUUCUAAAGUACCAAACAAAUACUCCAAAGAGACUGACUGCCAGUCCUUUAUACAUACCAUUUGAUAAUGUACAUAGUGUUAUUGAGUUGUGUUUUUCUUCCUUUGGUCCAUUCUCGUUGUUGCUCAAUCGAGCCCCUUUAAGGGUCAACGUACGUUUCACCAGGCAACGAAAAGAACAGAAAUCUAGUCAAGCAAACCAGCAAAGAUUUGAUAUCCUCUUUCCCCGAUCUCUAUCCAGAGAUCACCACACUCACACCUCUAUACUUUGACAUGCAUUCCAAUCCUGAGUUGCAAGACUUGCGGGCCUCCAUCGAUGACCCCGAAAACCAGCUUUUUCCAACUUGAUCUCAACAUUUGUAAAGCAUAGCAAUUAUCCACAUGGUUGUGACAAUCUCCCUCCAACCCUUUAGGAGCUUCACUAUCUCUCAUCUUCUCUCUCUCCUACACACAGAGUGUGUGAUUAUCCCCUGUCCCAUUGCGUUCGUUCCCAAAAAGGGAUUUACCCUGGGAACGACAAGCAGGAGUUAAGUCUAGUCCUUCUUCUUAGCACCAAAAUCCCACUUUUACUACUAACCCCACCAUCACCACCACCACCAUCUACUACCAUGUAUGUUCGUACCAUCCCAGUACUUUUUACGCUUGCUGUGUCAGCGCGACAAGUCUUUCUUUAGUCCUCUUUGGGUGUCGGUCGGUCGGUCGGUCGUUCUCUCGCUCUCUCGCUCGCUUCCCCUCUCUCUCUCUCUCUUUCGCUCUCUUCAAGCCCUUUAUUAUGUUCCACUUUGGCAUUUCCCAUUUUGAUUUGCAUAACACUUCUUCACUAUGAUAUUGUACAUCAUCGAUUGAUGAACUCAAGCUGAAACAAUACUUGAGGGUAUUCCAAAGCAAUAAAACAGUAGUGUUCCUCACCCGGAGGUCGACCUCUGUCCCAAUAAUAAUGGGACAAAGGGGCCCCGAACAAGCGUGAGUUUAGAAAGAAAGCAAUACUUCUAUUUUUACCAAAGAUAUACUAGAAUGCAAUAAUAAAUUAAAUGACCAACA